AUCUAUCCAAUCACGUGCCGGUAUCGGGAUGAGCUGGCGUUAAACGGCGGAAGUGUUUGCGACGAGUUUACAAACAGGAAGCUAAGCUAACAGGCUAACUGCGCUGACGGAGCGGAGGAACAGCUGAGCGGCAGCGCGAGGACCGAGUGUGAGAACCAGCUUUGCAGCCGAGUCGAUUUAACGCACGAUCAGCUUUUCCUUGUGACUGAACGCAGAACAAACGACCCGGCUUCUGCUGCCUCUAAGGAGUCAGGAUGAGUCUGCAGUGGACGGCGGUGGCCACCUUCCUGUACGCAGAGGUCUUCUUCGUCCUGCUGCUCUGCAUCCCCUUCAUCUCACCUAAGAGGUGGAACAAGGUCUUCAAGUCUCGGAUCAUCCAGACCAUCGCUCUCUAUGGAAACACCUACUUCAUGGUGGCCCUCGCCAUCCUCGUCUUCCUGCUCAUCGAUGCUUUCCGUGAGGUGAGGAAGUACAGCGUGUCGGAGAAGGUGGAUCUGACCAACAACCCCACGGCCAUCGAACACAUCCACAUGAAGCUGUUCAGAGCUCAGAGGAACGAGUACAUCGCCGGCUUCGCCCUGCUGCUCUGCCUGUUGCUGCGUCGCCUCACCACGCUGCUCUCCCAGCAGGCAUCACUCAUGGCCUCCAACGAAGCCUUCAAGAAGCAGGCGGAGGGCGCCAGCGCCGCCGCCAAGAAAUACAUGGAGGACAACGAGCUGCUGCAAGAGAAACUCCGUGACGCCGGGCUGGAAGUGCCGGAGGGCGAGAAGAAGGGAGCGGGACCCCAGGAGCAGAACAAGACUCUGAAGGAGGAGGUGAAGACCCUGAAGGAGGAGCUGGAGGCCACCAAGAAAGCUCUGCAGAAGUCGGACAGCGACGUUCGUGCGAUGAAGAAACAGGCUGCGAAUCUGACGGUGGAGUACGACAGGCUGCUGGACGAGCACAGCAAGCUGCUG